AUGUCUGAGAUAACCCUAACCGGAUUCGAGGGGGUACCAAUUACAGUACCUACCCGCCUCUUCAUUGAUAACAAAUUUGUCGCCUCGAGUGGCGGCUCCACGAUUGAAUUGGAGAGUCCGCUUACCGGUUGUCGCCUGGCGACGGUGUCUGCAGCCCAGAUUGACGAUGUCGACCGGGCUGUGCAAAGCUCAACGGAUGCCUACGCAGUUUGGAAAGAGAAGAGCCCGAGUGUGAGAAGAACGCUGCUCCAUCGGCUAGCUGAUCUGGUCGAGAGAGACGCGUCCUUAUUCGCCUCACUAGAGGCCAUUGAUGCAGGAAUCCUUUAUCAAGACUCUAUGCAGUUGAAUGUUCAACAAGCAGUCGAGAAUCUGAGAUAUUUCGCCGGAUGGGCAGAUAAAGUCGAUGGACUGACAUUGUCAAUCCCCGAUGGCAUGGCCUAUACAAGACGAGUGCCAAUCGGGGUCUGCGCGGCCAUUAUACCAUGGAAUGCUCCUCUGAUGAUUACCAUGUGGAAGCUCGCUCCUGCUCUAGCAGGCGGCAAUACCAUUAUUAUCAAGACCCCGGAAAUGUGCCCUCUAUACGGACAGAAGCUUGCGCAGCUCAUUGUGGAGGCAGGUUUUCCUCCAGGGGUUGUCAACAUCCUCUGUGGGCUUGGUCACGUAGCCGGCGCGGCUCUCUCAGAACACAUGGGGGUGAGGAAGAUCUCUUUCACCGGCAGUCCUGGUGUCGGUAGGCAGAUCAUGGCCGCAGCAGCGCGAACAAACUUGAAGAAAGUGACGCUUGAGCUGGGUGGAAAGGGGCCAUCUAUUGUUUUCGAUGAUGCAGACUGGGAGAAUGCCCUGUUUUGGACAAGUCUUGGGAUAACCAUCAAUAAUGGGCAAGUGUGCGUCGCCGGCAGUCGUAUUUAUGUCCAACACACAAUCUACGAUCGCUUCGUCGAGGAGUUUGCCAAACGGAUUAGAUCAUUUGUGCAUGGAGAUCCGCUAUUAGGCGCAACGACGAAAGGGCCCCUUAUCAAUCGUACACAGCUGGAUAAAGUCCUCUCUUUCGUUGAAGUAGGGAAAAACUCGGGGGCAAGGCUCGUCAGCGGCGGAGAACAGUUGGCUGGAAAAGGCUACUUUGUAGCCAACACGGCUUUCGCAGAUGUAUCGCAUGACGCCGAGAUUAUGAAGGAAGAGAUCUUCGGCCUCCUAGCCUGUGUCGCUUCUUUCGAAAACGAAGACGAGGUUAUUGCCAAAGCUAAUGACUCCGUUUAUGGUCUAGGUGCAGCCGUGUUCACUACAGAUUUGAACAAGGCGUUCCGCAUUACGGAAGCAAUAGAAGUAGGACAGAUCACGGUAAACAGUUGGGGUGCAUUGCACGCCAACACACCAUUCGGCGGUGUAAAGGAAAGUGGCUUUGGGCGAGACAUGGGCAAAGAAGCAAUCGAUGAGUGGACCUCGGUCAAGACUGUCAAGUGGAGUAUUCUGGGAAGCCAUUAG